AUGUUAGUUGCUUCUCUCUUCUGGAAAACCAGCCGGCAACUGCCCACUGGCGCCGUACUGAUGGACGCGCCUGGCUUGGCCCAGGGGCGCAGCGGCGGUGGCUUCGGCACCGCUGGCGGCUGCAGCGAUGCUCGCCGGGGUCCCGUCGGUGUGGAGCACACGGCUCUUGCGCAGGGAGGCGGCGUGCAGAUUCAAGGGAGUGGGGUUAAAAGCGACCUGAGCGGCAGGGGGGUUCAUGGUAGUUACAGCAGUCGCAGCGACAGUAGCGACAUCGAGGACAACGCAAGUAGCUACGGCACGUGCCACAGCUGUAGCAGCUACAGCAGCAGCGGGAGCUACGACAGCGACAUGGAGGCGGCUGUGGAUCAGGAAGGCAAUAAUGAGUCAGAGAGCCCGACGCAACGGCGCCGCCCUCAGGGAGCCGCUGCGGUGACAGCUUUAGCAGCGGCAGCAGCAGACGGAGGGGUAAGAGGGGGUUUCGGCCCAUGUGACAGAAAGCGGCAGGCGCUGGUGGAGGCUGGCGUGGUGACGGGGAAAUCUGCCGACUGGGGUGACUCCGUGGGAGGAAGGGCAGUGCGCCGCUCCGGUGGUGCAGCGCGGACUGCAGCCAGCGGCCACCACGUGGGGCGGGCGGGAAGUAAACGCCAAUCCAUGGGGCCCCCCUGGCCGCUCGUGCCCCGGGCGGGUCACGCGGCUACGCUGCGCUUUAGCAUGCGCGCAGCCAGGGUGAUAUGGCCGACACUAGUGGAUGCCGUUCGUACGAAGCCGCAGCUCGUGACGCUUCACGUGGAGCCGCCCGCAGCCGCCGCCGCCACCGCCGCUGCGGCCGCCGCCGGGGGAGAUGAACCCGGUGGCGGCAAUGGCGGUGGCGGCAAUGGCUCCGCAGCCGCUACCGCCUCACCGUUCUCUGCGCGUGCGCUGCUGCGGCGAUAUGAGUCCAACGGCAUGCUCCUGCGCGUGGUGGAUGGGUGGCCCUUAGUGCCCGGAACCUCCGCGGAUACGCUGUUGCAGAUAUCCCCUCGCAGCGACGGCGGCGGCGCGCUCGUCCAAGUGGCUAAUUCACACGUCUGGACGUACUACCGAGUCCACGGCGGCAGUUUGAGCCGCCAAUAUCGCCCAGGCACGGCCGCCGGCGAGGCGAGUGCAAGCGACGACGACGACGGUGGCGUACUACGGCUCCAGCUUGGAGCGAACCUCUUCGACAAUCGAAGCUUCGAUCUGGCUCCGCUGGCGGCGGAGCGGCUCUUUCGUCAAUUGCUGAAAGCCACCCACAGAGACCGGGGACCGGGCGGUGCAGGAUCCUGCGGUUCGGGGGAUGGGGGCCCCGCCGCUGGCGCGGGUGUUGAAGCCGCCGCAACGCCUCCGUCAGGGAGCCCAGGAGACGGCGACGGAGUUCCUGAGGUCGGCGGCUGCCGGGCUGGCAGCGGCGCCGGAGGCGGUACGACGGUGUCCAAAGGGGGGGAUAAUGGUGGCGGCGGAGACGGCGGCGGUGGGGUUGCGUCACUGCAGACGGGAGCGGCGUGCGGGUGCCGGGCAGGGCCUGGAAGGGCUGAGGGCUGCAAGGACUUGGGAAAAGGCGGCGGCGGAGGAGGAGGAGGGGGAGGAGGGGGAAGGGAGUCGACAGCAGCGGUGGCAGUGACGGCGGCGCAGAUGCGGAUUCAGUCGCUGAAUGUCACGGUCAUUCCGGAAGCCUGUCCCGAGGCUCGUUUCCAGGCAACUCCCCUCUUUAGCGACUCUACGGGUCUUCGUGCAGAGGUUGCGGUGUUCAAGGGGAAGAUUCGUGAGGUGGAGUUCCGAUACCGCCUCCCUCUGCCGUACGACUCACAGAGCAACGUACGACAUAAGUACGCUACCUUGGCUUCCAACCUCGCGUUGCCCAUGUUCCUGUACGGCGCACAGCCUGGCGAUUUGUUCGAGAUGUGGCGCCGCCCCGGCGGUGCCCGGGAUGAGUUCCUGUGUCAUGUGGUCAAGAUGGCGCCUAAACAUGGCGGCGGCGGCGGCGGCCGGACGGGCAACUCGGAGGCGGGCGACACCGGAGCAGGGGGAAGGAAAGGUGCAUUGGGAGGUGUGGCGCGGGGUUCUGGCAGUGAUUAA